UGCAAUUUUAAAAUUAAAGACCAGCGAGACGAAUAACAACGGAAAACAUUCAGUGUUAAAGAUUGUGUUGUGACGUUCCGCGACUGUUUUAAAAAAAACUUUAUUUCCGGUGCGUGAAUUUAUAUAUUCGAAUUCAGAUCUCGUGCCCUUGCAAGGGUGAAUGAAUUUCGGUUGUUUGAAGAUUGAAUCUAUUAAAAGAUAAUCGAAAGCAACGAAAAUGUCAGAUCCGUUCGCUCAUUUGAUACAAGACUUUCCCAACUAAAAUCACAUUCAACAUGGGAAUAGUGAGAAGGUUUUUACCCUUUACGCUUCUAUUUAUAAUUCAGGAAAGCGUGAUUCAGUGCCAAGAUGAAACCGAAAAAACAAGCAAAGAAAACAACGACACAAACCAACUGACUUUAGAGGGGUACCGUAAAUUAUUUACAAUUAACAAUCUUGAGGACGAAGUUAAAGAUAUUUUUAACACUGAUUAUUAUAAUCCAAGAAUAAGAUAUUUUAGAAGUAAAAGAAGUCCAAGUCCGCCCGCUAACAUAGCUGCAAUUAGAAAAAAAUUAAACGAUGAACGAAAAAAAGAAGAGAUGAUGGCUGCUGACGCUAAUCCUAGAUUGGAGCCGAAUGAUACGAAUGCGGCAAAAAUUUCCGAUCCAAAUUUCGAUUACGGACUCAAACACAGGAACACAAACUUUGAACAAUUAUAUAACAAACAAAUCGACAAAAUUAGGAUGCUUCACCACCAACACACUUUGGAAAAAUUAAACCAGUUCGAGUCUGGCGUCGACUGUGAUUUCGAGAACGAUUGCCUUUGGACGUGGCGGAAAGAUAUUGUUAAUGGUUUUUUCAUCACCUCUGGUUCCAAAUAUGGAGCUCAUGAAUCUGGACCUAGAACGGAUGCUGAUAAUAGCGAAGGAGGAAGUUUUCUUCUUCUUCGUCCGAAUUUAAAAUCUACAGAAUUCCACGUUCACAGCCCCCCGUUCGCACCUACAGUCUCGUCUUGCAAAUUUGCAGUAUGGAUUUAUCAAGAGAAAAUGGAAGGAGGUACAAUUAGAAUAGUUGGUAGUAAAUCAGAAGACGGCACUCAGUGGUUACUGAAGAAGAUACCAGGUGAUAACAGCAGAGAGUGGCAUAAAUAUGAUAUGUCAGUAGGAAAUAUAUCUAAAAAUUUUACUAUCAUUCUGGAAGUAGUUCCAUUCGAAAAUAUGGAGAUAGGAGCUGCAGUAGCGUUUGAUAAUAUUCAAUUAUUUCAAUGCUAUCACAAAAAUGAUUAUUCGUGUUCAGCUCUUCAUUAUAAAUGCAAAGCAACGAAAAUUUGUAUUAAUAGUACGAGUAUUUGUGAUAUCACAAAAGAUUGUAUGCACGGAGAUGAUGAAACACAAAAUUGUGAUCAAAUGCCUUUUGGCUCCCGUUGCAAUUUUGAAGAUGAUUGGUGUGGUUGGCAAAACGUACACGUUAAAUAUUUGAAAUGGAUUCGAUAUAACGGCUCCACUCCAACUAAUUUAACAGGUCCUAAUAUCGAUCAUACCUACAAUAAUAGAACCGGCAAGUACCUUUUUAUUAAUAUGUUCGCCGACAAAGAUCAAUUUGCCACAUCUGCAACAAUAAGAAGUGUAGAUUUCAAUCCACCCCCACGAGUUCAUGGAAAUUCGUCUUCUAGAUUUUAUAAUUCGUGUGCGAUUCGCUUCUAUCUUCAUAAAAAUGGAGCGCACAAAAGUGCCCUUUUGCUACAAGUAACUGAACUUCGUCCAUCUGAAAAUGUUUCAACUGAGAUGCUAUGGAGUUACGAUGAUCAUGGUCAUCAAUGGGUUAGACAAGUAUUUAUCCUGCCAAAUAUCACUCAUAGAUACUUUAUUCGAUUCGAAGCAAGAAAAGGAAUACGUUAUAAGAGUUAUAUUGCUAUUGAUGAUGUGUCGCUAAGUCCUGAAUGUUUUGGACUUAAUAUACCGAAAGAUGAUCUCAAUGGUUACAAUUAUUGGGACGUCAGGGAAGAACCUGAAACGAUCAAAGAAACUCAUAAAGAUUUCUUGAAUAAAACUAUUUAUAAAAUAACAACUUGUAAUGCAAAAGGGAGAUUUGGUCCAACUCAACCUGAUUGCACUAAAGCAUACAACGGUACCAACGUUCAUAUUAAAGUAGUACAUGAACCGGGAUUGACUGGAGUUCAAAAAUGGGUUGUACCUGUUACAGGGUAUUAUACAUUUAUACUGGCCGGGGCGAGUGGUGGCAAAGGAAGUUCCUCAAUGGGUUCUACAAAAGGCGCUGUAUUAAGAACAGUGCUGGAGCUGAAAGAAGGAACUGAAAUUUAUAUGUUGAUUGGUCAAGAAGGAACGAGCUCGUGCGUUAAAAGCCUUGGAAGUCAAAGGAAUUCUUCCUGUCAUUCUAAUCAGAGUUUUGGUACAGGCAUCAGGGGUGUUUUGAAUCUGAGUAUCAACGACAGUGGUGGAGGAGGUGGUGGUGGUACGUUUAUAUUUUUGCGAACUCGUAAUAAAGAAAAAAUUCCUUUGGCUGUAGCAGGAGGAGGUGGUGGCUUAGGUUUAGGUCAUUUUAGUGUCGAUAAUGUAGAACAGCAUGGACGUGGUAUAAAUAAAACCAAGCUUCCAUUCACAGGUCAAAUGUAUAGAAAAAAUGCUGGUGCAGGGGGUGGAUGGAAAAUGUAUCCCGGUCUAGUUGAUCCAUUACAUAAAAUUAUGAUGGGUAGUUCAUUGUUAGCAGGUGGUAUAGGUGGCAAAGCUUGUUAUAACUCCACUGAUGAACGUGGUGAUGGAGGUUUUGGCGGUGGAGGUGGUGGAUGCGCUUAUGGUGGCGGAGGCGGUGGAUUCGCCGGUGGAAAUGCACCAUCAACUAAUUCUACGAACGGAGAAGGAGGAUAUUCGUACCUAGACUUUUCUAAAGCUCUAAGUCAACUAACAUUCGUAGAAAGCGGUUCCAAUACAGGAUCAGGAUACGUUUUGAUUAUACCUGAAAUUGAUGGUUGUCAAUGUGAUUACAAGUGUAUAGCCUUAGAUGAUAGAAGAUCAGAGGUUACGUGUAUUUGUCCUAACAAGUGGAUUUUGUCGGAUGAUAAGAAGACAUGCAAACCUUUAGAUGAUUCACCUACUGAGAGUCCCUAUCCAACUUGGUUCGUAGUGGUACUAAUUGUGACUGUUUUUUGUUUGACUGGUGCCUUUGCAGUUGUAUGUUUUGUAUUAUACAAUCGAUAUCAACUUAGAGCAACUGGAAUAAUGAGACGAAAGAUGAUUACUGGUGCAGACCUUCAACUUGAUAGACUACGAAUGACUUCCGACAGUAUGAUGACUGAAUAUAAUCCUAAUUACGAAUUUGGAGGUGUUGUUUAUACGUUGAAGGAUCUCAAAGAUAUUCCUAGAGAACAGCUUCGUUUGGUAAAGGCUUUAGGACAAGGUGCAUUCGGUGAAGUCUAUCAAGGUUUCUAUCGACAGCGUCCUUGUGACACAGUAGAAAUGCCCGUAGCUGUAAAAACACUUCCAGAAAUGUCAACUUCACAAGCAGAAAUGGACUUUCUUAUGGAAGCACUCAUCAUGUCCAAAUUCAAUCAUCCGAAUAUAGUUCAUUUUAUAGGAGUUUGUUUUGAUAAACAUCCUCGUUUCAUAGUAUUAGAACUUUUGGCCGGAGGAGAUCUUAAGAAUUUUCUCAGGGAGUCCAGGCCUAAGCCGGAAAGAACUAGCCCGUUGUCUAUGAAAGACCUGGUUUUAAUAUCCGUUGAUGUAGCAAAGGGAUGCAAAUACUUAGAGGAUAACCGAUUCAUUCACCGUGACAUAGCAGCUAGAAAUUGUCUUCUUACCACCAAAGGUCCCGGAAGAGUAGUCAAAAUAGCUGAUUUUGGAAUGUCAAGAGACGUUUAUCGGUCUGAUUAUUACAGAAAAGGAGGGAAAGCCAUGUUACCCAUAAAGUGGAUGCCACCGGAAGCAUUUCUGGAUGGUAUAUUCACAAGUAAGACUGAUGUAUGGUCAUUUGGGGUUUUGUUGUGGGAAAUAAUGUCCAUGGGGUAUAUGCCUUAUACGGGUUGUGCAAAUAGAGAUGUUAUGCAGCUAGUCACUAGCGGUGGUAGAUUGGAACCGCCUGCCAAUUGUCCUGGUCCAAUUUAUGGUAUAAUGACGCAGUGCUGGCAUCCAGCUCCCGAGCACAGACCUACUUUCGGAACUAUAUUGGAAAGAUUGGGAUACUGCGUUCAGGAUCCUCAGGUGAUGAGUGCUCCAUUGCCAAUUUUUCAACGUCCUCCAUCUUAUGAAAGAGACACGACUGUAAUGCGGCCAUCAGGCUCUGAAGAAAACUGUCUACAGGUGAUACCAUCAUCUUCAGAUUAUCUCAUACCAAACCACACAAAUCCCACUACCCCUGACCAAAUCGAAUCGACCUCUUCGGUGGAAAAAUUACUUCCGGAUAAUUCGGACAACUGGGAGACUUCAUUUAUUAUGCCCCAUUCGAGAUCAACACAACCUUUAUUAUUGGAACACAUUAAAGAAGAUGAGGGUGCUUCUGUGGACAAACUUCUAACUAUCGAUAACAGCGCUGCAAAUCCAAAAGUCUCGCCAAUGUCGUUACCAGGGAAUAUCCUGACUCAAAGCAAUCAUAACAACAAUACUCAGAAUGACUAUAGCCUCAAAUCGGGAGUGUCAUUGGACGCCGGUGCGCUCGCCAAACAAGCUAUGAUGCCUCAGAUUAAUAAGUACGCCAACAUCUCGACUGGAGACGGUCCUACAAGUAACGGAGUUCUACAAAAUGAUCCUUUCGCUAACCACAUUAGCAGUGCUCAAAAAACGGAAAUAAAUUGUUAAAUUUUUGGGUGAACCAGGAGUGUUCCAUUCCAGUUACUCUAAAUUUGCUAUCUCUAAUCUUUUCGAUUUAAAAUGUGUCACUUAAUUAUUUUAAUUAAUCUAAGAUUAUCACCGAACAUCAACCAAAUGGACUAAAUUAUAAUUAAAAACGUGUCAUUUGGUGCUUCAUGAAUUAAUUUUGGGACAUAUUAUAUAACACAGAAAAUCUUUCGGUUUGGUAUCCUUUUGAUCUUA